AUGGCUGCUGUGGCUGCUGGCUCCUCAGCAUACCAACAUGGCGGAGGCCUGAGUAGUCCCUACUGUAAUUAUAACUGUGUAAAGGAGAGAAAGUCAACUGCUGCAAUAACAGGACCAUCGUGGGCAAAAUCUGCUCAUAUUGGGACACUGCUUCAGCUCUACAAAUUUCCACAGCUCACUGUUGGUCCUUUUGAUCCUAUCUUCAGUGACCGAGGUCAGUUUACUUCUCUCUACCAGAUGGCCCCCAAAGGCACAUCUCUGUCUCUUGCCAUGGUCUCUUUGAUGCUUCAUUUUGGCUGGACCUGGGUUGGUCUGCUUAUCCCAGAUGAUCACAGAGGAACUCAGUUUCUAUCAGAUAUCAGAGAAAAUAUGGAGAAAAAUCAAGUCUGCAUAGCUUUUGUUGAAAUGAUGCAAAGUUCCUGGACUUCAUUUCCUGAAAAAUACUGGAAAAUUCUUGGCAUCAUCCAGGAUUCACUGGCCAAUAUCAUCAUCGUCUAUGGUGACAAUGAUUCACUACAAGGUUUAACGCGAAAUUUAGGGCAACAGAUUUUGACAAGGAAAGUCUGGGUCAUGACUUCUCAAUGGGACAUUACUAAUAUUGCUGAUUAUUUCUUGCUAGAUUCCUUCCAUGGAAGUCUCAUUUUUUCACACCACCAUGAGCAAGUCAUUGAAUUUAAAAAUUUUAUCCAAACAGUUAAUCCUUAUAAAUACCCAGAAGACAGUUACCUUCCUAAAUUGUGGUUUUUGUUCUUCAAGUGCUCAUUUUCAGAGCUUGAUUGUCAUCUUUUGGAGAACUGCCAACCAAAUGCUUCCUUGGAAUUCCUACCUAGACACAUUUUUGAUAUGGCAAUGAAUGAAGACAGCUACAAUACAUACAAGGCUGUUUAUACUGUGGCCCACAGUUUCCAUGAGAUGAGUCUUCAGCAAGUACAAAUGCAACCAUUUGGAAAUGGGGAAAGAAUCAUGUUCUUCCCCUGGCAGCUUCAUCCUUUCUUGAGGAAUAUCCAUGUGGGAGCCAACUUGGCUUUAGAAUGGAAACAGGAGUUAGAUGAUGAUAAGUAUGAUAUUCUCAACUUUUGGAACUUUCCAAAGGGUCUUGGACUAAAAGUGAAACUUCCUUAUUCUGUGUGCAGUGAGAGCUGUUGUCCUGGAUUCAGGAAAAUUUCCCUGGAGGGCAAGGCUGUUUGCUGCUAUGAUUGCACUCCUUGUGCAGACAAUGAGAUUUCCAAUGAGACAGUUAUUAUUAUCAGGAUCUUGUUUAGUCACAGUUAUGUAUAUGCCUAUAGCUCCAGUGAAUGUUAUUUCAGAAUCAAAGAAGAUAUUCACCAUGAAGGAGAUGCAGUCAUUGGUGUAUUUUUUCCAGUUCAUUCUUACUACACAGGUAACAAAAUUCCACAUCCAUACCUGCCGUACUUUUUCACUGACAUUCACAUACAGUAUAAUUUUAAAAUAUACCAGUUGGUACUGGCCCUGGUAUUUGCCAUUGAGGAAAUCAACAGGAACCCUCAUCUUUUACCAAACAUAACUCUGGGAUUUGAUUUUUAUAAUAUCCCAUUCAGUGAGAAAAACAUUCUUGGCAAUGCCCUUAUUUGGCUCUCAGGCCUGAGUAUUCCCAUCUCUAAUUAUAACUGUGUAAAGGAGAGAAAGUCAGCUGCUGCACUAACAGGACCAUCAUGGGCAAGAUCUACCCAUAUUGCGACACUGCUUCAGCUCUACAAAUUUCCACAGCUUACUGUUGGUCCUUUUGAUGCUAUCUUGAGUGACCAAGAUCAGUUUCAUUCUCUCUACCAGAUGGCCCCCAAAGGCACAUCUCUGGCUCUUGCCAUGGUCUCUUUGAUGCUUCAUUUUCGUUGGACCUGGAUUGGUCUUAUUGUCCCAGAUGACCACAGAGGAACUCAAUUUCUAUCAGAUAUCAGAGAAAAUAUGGAGAAAAAUCAAGUCUGCAUAGCUUUUGUUGAAAUGAUCCAAAGUACCUGGAAUUCAUUUCCGUACAAAUACUGGAAAAGUUUUAUCACAGUCCAGGAAUCAUUGGCCAAUAUCAUCAUCAUUUAUGGUGACAAUGAUUCACUGCAAGGUUUAAUGAGAAAUCUAGGGCAACAGAUUUUGACAAGUAAAGUCUGGGUCAUGACCUCUCAGUGGGAUGUUACUAAUAUGGCUGAUUAUUUCUUGCUAGAUUCUUUCCAUGGAAGUCUCAUUUUUUCACACCACCAUGAGCAGAUUAUUGAAUUUAAAAAUUUUAUCCAAACAGUUAAUCCUUAUAAAUACCCAGAAGACAAUUACCUUCCUAAAUUGUGGUUUUUGUUCUUCAAGUGCCCAUUUUCAGAGCUGGAUUGUCAUCUUUUGGAGAACUGCCAACCCAAUGCUUCCCUGGAAUUCCUGCCUAGACACAUUUUUGACACGGCAAUGAACGAAGACAGCUAUAAUACAUACAAGGCUGUUUAUACUGUGGCCCACAGUCUCCAUGAGAUGAGUCUUCAGCAAGUACAAAUGCAACCAUUUAGAAAUGGGCAAAAAAUGGUGUUCUUCCCCUGGCAGCUUCAUACUUUCUUGAAGAAUAUCCAUGUGGGGGCCAACAUGGCUUUAAAAUGGAAACAGAAGUCAGAUGAUAAAUAUGAUAUUCUCAACUUUUGGAAUUUUCCAAAGAGUCUUGGACGAAAAGUGAAAGUAGCAAUCUUUUCUCCCAAUGCUCCCCAGGGUCAACAGUUGUCUUUGUCUGAACAGAUGAUAAGAUGGCCAGAAAAAUAUUCAGAGAUUCCUCAGUCUGUGUGCAGUGAGAGCUGUGGGCCUGGAUUCAAGAAAGUUUCCCUAGAGGGCAAGGCUGUUUGCUGCUAUGAUUGCACUCCUUGUGCAGACAAUGAGAUUUCCAAUGAGACAGAUGCAGAUCAGUGCAUGAGGUGUCCAGAAAGUCAUUACGCAAACACAGAGAAGAAACACUGCCUCCAGAAAGCUGUAAGUUUUCUUGACCAUAUGGACCCCUUGGGGAUGGCUCUCACAACCAUAGCUCUGUUUUUCUCUAUCCUCACAGCUGUGGUUCUUGGACUCUUUGUGAAGCACAGAGACACUCCAAUUGUCAAGGCUAAUAACAGGACCCUCAGUUACACCUUGCUCAUCACACUCACUGUCUGUUUCCUCUGUGCCUUGCUCUUCAUUGGCCGUCCCAACAUUACCACCUGUAUCCUGCAGCAGAUCGUAUUUGGAGUUGCUUUCACUGUGGCCCUUGCCACUGUUUUGGCCAAAGCUAUCACUGUGGUUAUUGCUUUCAGGGUCACUUUUCCAAGGAGAAUGAUGAGGUGGUUAAUAUCAAAGGGCCUGAACUUUAUUAUCCCCAUAUGUACUAUGGUCCAACUUGUCCUCUGUGGAAUCUGGCUAGGGACUUCUCCUCCAUUCCUUGACCAAGAUUAUCAUGCUGAACAUGAAAAUAUCAUCAUUAUGUGCAACAAGGGCUCAUCUUUUGCCUUCCAUGGAGUCCUGGGAUACCUCUGCUCCUUGGCACUUGGAAGUUACACUGUGGCUUUCUUGUCCCGGAAUCUGCCUGACACAUUCAAUGAAGCCAAGUUCCUGUCAUUCAGCAUGCUGGUGUUCUUCUGUGUCUGGGUCACAUUCCUCCCUGUCUACCAUAGCACCAAGGGGAAGAUUAUGGUGGCUAUGGAAGUCUUUUCCAUCUUGGCUUCUAGUGCUGCCUUAUUUGGCUUCAUUUUUGCCCCAAAGUGUUAUAUUAUCUUAAUAAGUCCAGAGAAGAACUCACUUCAUCAUGUCAGGAAGAGGCCACAUUCUAGAGGGAAUACAUUUCUCAAAACCUAG